AUGGCUUCCACCAUUGCUUCGACAAUGCCUUCCACCUCCACCGAGCCCGACCCCGACGCCGCCGUCAGGGCGGUGAGGAAGCGCUACGAGGGCCUUCUGACAGUGCGCACGCGGGCGAUCAAAGGCAAAGGCGCGUGGUACUGGGCCCACCUCGAGCCCAUUCUCAUCGGCAACGCGGUGAAGCUCAAGUGCUCCCUCUGUGAUUCUAUCUUCUCUGCCUCCAACCCUUCUCGAACCGCUUCCGAGCAUCUCAAGCGUGGGACGUGUCCCAACUUCAACCACUCUUCGCUGCCUUCACCCUCGCCUAUUUCCACCGUGCACUCCCACUCCAACAACGGCAGAAAGAGAACCUCCACCUCAACCUCUCCGAAUCAGGACCGGUCCGUUCAGCAUUUGGUGUUGUCCGGUGGGCAAGAUGAUUUGUGUGCUCUCGCUGUUUUCGAAGACAGCGUGAAGAAGCUUAAGAGUCCUAGGAAUUUGUCGCAUGUUGCUCCUCCUGAGUUGACCAAUGACCAGGUUAACUCCGCUGUUGGAUUGUUGGCAGAUUGGUUCUACGAGUCUUGUGGCUCUGUGCCUCUCUCUGCCCUUGAACAUCCCAAGUUUCAGUCCUUUCUCACCCAGCUGGGUUUGCCGGUGGCUCUGUUGAGACGCGAGAUAUAUGGUUCUAGGCUCGAGGAUAGGUUCGGGGUGGCCAAGGCUGAGUCCGAAGCUAGAAUCAGAGAGGCACUGUUUUUUCAAGUCGGGUGUGAUGCUUGGAAGGGCGAGGAUGGUGUGGUGAAGUUUAUAGUGAAUCUUCCCAAUGGGACUAGCGUGUUCCACAAGGUGGUGCUAAAUGGAGGCGAGGUGUCGUCUAAGUAUGCUGAGGAGAUUUUGUGGGAGGUGGUGAGGGGUGUUUGUGGGAGUGAUGUGGAGAGGUGUGUAGGGAUCGUUUCAGACAGGUUUAAGGGUAAGGCGUUGAGGAACUUGGAGGCUCAGAACCAUUGGAUGGUGAAUGUUGCUUGUCAGGUUCACGGGUUCACGGGUUUGAUCAGGGAUUUUAGCAGCGGGCUCCCACUUUUCCGGGUUGUCACUGAAAAUUCUCUCAAGGUUGCUAAUUUUAUCAACACUGAGUCUCAGGUUAGGGGUAGUUUUCUCAGGUACCGGAUGCAGGAGCUGGAGUGUACUGGGUUGGUUCGAGUUCCCUCACCCAGAUGUAAUGUGUCGAAGGACUUUGCAUCUGUGUUUCCAAUGUUGGAGGACAUCCUGAGCUGUGCUGCAGUGAUCCAAAUGGUGGUGAUGGAGGACGCGUUUAAGGUGGUGUGUAUGGAGGACCCAUUGGCCAGAGAGAUUGCCGAGAUUGUUCAGAGUGAGGGGUUUUGGAGUGAACUAGAGGCGGUUUAUGCGCUGGUGAAGCUCAUCAGAGGAGUAGUUCAGGACAUGGAGGCGGAGAGGCCGUUGGUUGGUCGGUGUUUGCCUCUCUGGGAGGAGGUAAGAGCGAAGGUGAAGGAGUGGUGCGUUAAGUAUAGUGUUGCAGUAGAACCUGUGGAUGAAAUACUUGAAAAACGGUUCAGGAAGAACUAUCACCCUGCAUGGUCAGCUGCAUUUAUACUUGAUCCGCUAUACUUGGUUAAAGAUGCAAAUGGAAAGUACCUUCCUCCAUUCAAGUGCUUAACUCGUGAACAAGAGAAAGAUGUAGAUAAGUUAUUGACGAGGCUGGCUUCACGAGAAGAAGCUCAUGUUGUGUUGAUGGAGCUCAUGAAGUGGAGAUCAGAAGGGCUUGACCCUCUUUAUGCACAGGCUGUGCAGAUGAAACAACAAGACCCCAUUACAGGGAAGAUGAAGGUAGCAAAUCCACUCAGCAGUAGACUUGUUUGGGAAACUUGCCUCAGUGAGUUUAAUUCCCUACGCAAGCUCGCCGUGAGGCUCAUUUUUCUGCAUGCAACAUCAUGUGGCUUUAAGAGCAAUUUUUCUUUCAUCAGGAAGGUUUCUGCCCAUAAGCAGUCGAAAAUUUCCUUGGAAAGAGCUCAGAAAAUGAUAUGCAUUGCAGCUCAUGCCAAGCUUGAAAGACGAGACUUUUCCAAUGAGGAAGAGAGGGAGGCAGAAUUGCUUGCCAUGGAAGGUAGUGAUGAUGGCAUGCUGGCUGAAGUCUUUGCAGAUGCACCCCUAAUGUAA